AAUCAUAUUCCCUAUAGCUAUAGCAACCAUAUCCAAGUGCCUUAGGCUUCUCAAAAAUGUUUAUAUCUUCCUCUCCUUUCUGCAUUUUCCUCCUUUUUGCUUCUUCUCUUUCUCUUCUUCCUUCCACUUUCUGCUCUCAUCUUCACCACUCUUCUCACUUCUUAACUCACAACAUCACUAAUAUUCACCACUUUCCCAAGGUGAGCAGUGAGAAGAUAUCUGAUAUUACAAUCCAUGGAUUCUUGCUGUGGGCUUCAAUGGGAUUGUUUAUGCCUCUUGGCAUUCUUAUUAUCAGAAUUUCAAUCACUCAAGAACCUUCAUCAGCCAGAACUGCACUUCUCUUCUAUCUCCAUGUUGCUUUCCAGAUGAUUUCAGUGUUGCUGACUACGAUUGGAGCAGCCAUGUCUCUGAAGAAGUUUGAGAAUUCAUUUGAUAACAGCCAUCAAAGACUUGGUCUUGCACUUUAUGCUGCUGUUCUGCUACAAGUCUUCCUUGGGGUUUUUAGGCCUCACAGGGGAAAGAAAGAGAGAAGUUAUUGGUACAUUAUGCAUUGGAUAGUGGGAACAACAGUUUCACUUGUGGGGAUUAUCAACAUCUACACAGGCUUAAGAGCCUACCAUAAGAGAACCUUAAAAAGCACUACCCUUUGGACUAUCCUUUUCACACUACAAGUCUCAAUCUUUGCUUUGCUUUUUCUCCUCCAAGACAAAUUGGAUUACUUGAAAAAGCAAACACUCAUUCUACCCACUUCCAUUCAUCAUUCUCCACCAAUUGUCUCCUCCAUUAAUCCUCACAAUCAUACCCACAAAGAGUUGAUUCCAGUCUCUUCUGCAAAAUCAAAUGCACUUGCAAGCUUGUUUGACUAAUACUCCUUCUCUUCUAUUCCUAACAUAAACUAUGGUGGAUCUUGUCUGAAGAAUGAUUCGCACUUUUUAUGGGUCAUAAUAGUGUGACUUAUUGGAUUUUUUAUAUUAUACAUAGGUGAUUGAUAUUAAAAAUCUGACCCUAAGAUAAAUAGAUUAAGUCAAUAAAAAAUAAACAUAUAAGUGUGUCAAGUAAAAUUUUUAGCGACGCUUACUUUGACAUGCUUACAUAUUUAUUUUUAUUUGGCUUGAUUUGCUUAGUAUUCUUUCUUUUCAAAAUAUUGGGAUUGGUUCUUUUUUACUUUAUCUUGUUGGUGUCUUCUUUUAUGUUAGUUGAAGUGGUCUUACUGAGGCAAACUUUGAUGGAGUGCACUCAUCAUCAGAAAGUGAAGCUCUGUUAUCAUGCUUCUACUUUUCCCUGGGAUUUUUUUUAAUGUACACUCUUUUUAAUUAAAUUUGUAUCAUGAUGAAUGUUAUUCAUAGAUGAUUGUGAUGUUACCAGUACCUUGUGAGCUUGUCAUUAUAUCUAGAGCAAGUUAAAUA